GUGCAGCGUGUCAGUUCUCUCCGCGCCUCACCGUGGACACGCACCCAGACCCCCGCAGCACACCGAGCCUCAGCAUCAGCACCAUGGUCGAGCAGUUCGAGGGCACCUGGAAACUGGCUUCCAGCGACAACUUCGAUGAAUACAUGAAGGCCAUCGGUGUGAACUUUGCCACCCGGCAAAUGGGCAACCUGGCCAAGCCCAAGCUGGUGAUCAGCGUGGGCGAUGAUGGGGUCAUUACAAUGAAGUCUGAGACCACCUUCAAGACCACCGAGACCAAAUUCAAGCUCAACGAGCAGUUUGACGAGACCACCGCAGACGGCCGGACCACCAAGACCACCUUCACUUGUGAGAACGGAAAACUUGUGCAAGUACAGAACUGGGAAGGCAAGACGACCACGCUGGAGCGAGAGAUUCAGGAUGGCAAACUGACGGCUAAAUGUGUCAUGGAUGAUAUUGUUGCAGUGAGGACCUAUGAGAAAGACGCUUAAUGCCUUUUUGUCUAUUUUGGCCUUGACCUCUCUACUAUCAAGACACCAAAUGCACUGAGCUGUUGCCAAACAUGCCAAUAAAGUCUGAACUGUGAUACUCAA